AUGGGUGAAGAUGGUAACAUUGUAAUUCCUCCGAAACAAAUGGAUCGCAUUUUGAAUUUUGACGAGAGUUGUCUUUCUUUGAACGGAAGUGAAAGCAGGGGUGGUCGGCCGUCCGCUGCAAUUUUUUAUCCUAAUUUGCCUUGCCCUGGCGCCAUCACUUCUAAAUCUGGUUACAGCUUGACUUUCAUUGGUGGCAGCACUGCCAGCGGACAAGCUUUGCCUCCUCAUCUGCAAUUCCCAACUAGCGCUAAAAUUGAGGAGAGGGAGAAGAUGCGGAUGGAUAUUGGGAAUCACUUGAAGUUUACCAAUGGCACCUGGGGUCUUGGUAAACUUACAUCAAUGCCUGUGACACUAGGUGUGAAUGAAAAGGGGGGAAUGGACGAAGAAGAGUUUGAGAAGUUCCUUCGCAAUUCCUUCGCAAUUUGA